AUGUUCGAAAGCCCUAUAUGUUUUUGUCAUAGCGGUUAUUAUUUAGCGCUUAGAGUGAUCAGAGAAGUCAUAAAGAUUAGACGGCUAUGUCAUUACAAGCAUCGGGUAAUUAUGCUACAACUGACCGAAAGUGGCCAAUUAGAUCAAGCUCAAGAGAGUAUGGAGACGAAUAAACGCAGCUACGAUAUCUUAUUAAAUUUCAAAAUAACUGAAAUGGAUAGAUAUUGUAAAGAAUUAGCAGAAACGAAUAUGUUGAUGGUUUUUAUCGAUCACGAAAAACGUCCGUGCGUUUAUGGAUUUUGA